AUGAAGUUCUACCCCAAAGCGCGAGAGCAGCGGCCUAGCAUCCACCACCCGUCCGUUCGGCCGCGUCGAUUGGCUUUGCUAAGAGCUGCUGGCGUGAACCUUCUUCUACUUCAAUUCCUCUUCCUCGGAUUGUUUUGUUACAUCUUUGGAUCCCUCUUCCAGCAGUCAACACACAUCCGCGGUGUCAAUGUCCUAUUCGUUGAUUACGAUGGCGGUGCGAUAGGCGAUGCAAUUCGCGACGCCUAUAAAAAACUAGAGGCGCCAGGGUUUCCAACUUUAAUUGAGAGACCCACCUCUGCAUAUCCCCAACCUGGCUCCAUUGAUGGUGCUGUGUGCGACAUCAAAUACUGGGGAGCCGUCUAUACCACGGCAAAUGCGUCGAAUGCCUUGACUGCCGCAUUUGCGGGAGGAUUAGCUGCCUCAUCAUACAAUAAAGACGAUGUUCUCACUAUGGUGUGGAAUGAAGCGCGCUAUCCCACGGUGGCUGACUCGGCCCUCGAAACCAGCCUAAAGUUACUGUCCGAAACUGCUCGCGUCGUAUAUUCCGAAGCCAACGGGAAACAUACACUUCAAAGUUUGAACACCUCUGAUCCCGCCGCCCUUGCCAUCUUCUAUGACCCUUGGACAUUGGCAUCGGUCAACUUCCAGCCCACAUCCCAAGGAUCCCGGCUCAUCUAUAACACUCUUGUCAUCAUUUUGAUCAUGAUCCAGGAGUUCUUUUACCUUGGUUAUGUCAACGGUCUCUACGUGCAGUUCAAACUGUACACAUCAGUAACCCCUCACCGAAUCGCCAUCGCUCGUCUCAUCAUAUCGGCUGUCUACACCCUCGCUGGGUCCUUGAGUACAGCAGGCGCCAUCUGGGCUUUCCGAAAUGGCUGGCAUGUCAAUGGAAACCAGUUCGCACUAUCAUGGGCAGCAUUGUGGCUCUUCGCGCAUCUCAACUUCCUCGUACUGGAUGUAUUCACUGUCUGGCUCCCACCUCCCUACGUCCCAAUGGCGUUGAUUACUUGGAUUAUCACCAAUGUCACUUCGAUUCUUCUUCCAUUUGAGCUAUCACCGGGCUUCUACAAAAUUGGGUAUGGUUUGCCAGCGCAUGCCAUCUUCCAAGUCCUCAUCGAUAUUUGGUCCGGUGGCUGCAACCCCCAACUCUACUAUGCGCUACCUGUCCUCUUUGUAUACGAGGUCCUCGGCGUAAUCCUCAGCUCUAUAGGUGUCUAUCGCCGCGCGCAUUAUGCAAGCAUCAAAGCAGAGACGGAGGAAAAGGCGUGCGAAGAUCGUGUUGCAGCUGCGCUUGCCCAACAGCAAGAGGCUCGGCUUGUACGGCACGAAACCAUACGCGAUACCCAGGGCAGUGGAACAUCAGAUACCGAUAACGAAGAGACCGGUAGUUUGCAAAGACGGGGAACUAUGGGCACGAUUACUGAUCAAGAGGAACUGGCUGGCAUCAUUCGACGGGAGAUGUCUCGACCGAGAGUUGAAGGCCCAGAAGAUACCCGAGAUAGCACCGGGCCCUCCUUCUCCCUGCCUUUCAAGGAGUAA